AUGGCUGCACGGCCCCGGAGACGCAGCCCCUCGCAUCACAAGGGACAGAUUCGUGUCCAACAGGCACCUCCACCAUCCCUGACCAAAGAGGAGAGAAGGGAAAACCUGCAUCUUCUCACAGAAACUUUGAAGAUGCACAGCAGGCGGGUGCAAAAGCUAGAGAGGGGGUUUGAUGCAAUGCAGGCCCUCUGCAAAGAGAGGGGCUGGACUGAUGUGCAGGAAGAACUGGGGGAGUAUAAGAAAACAGUAGAGAAUGAUCUACCUGAGGAGAUGGCUGAACAAAUGAAGAAAGAAAAGGCACAAGUGGAAGCCUUAAUCAACAGCUUCAGGGAGGAGCAACGGUUAUGCAUGAUAUCACUGAAAAGGGAGGAGGAUUUAUGCUUAGAAGAGAUCGCUGCUUUUGAGAAGAAGUUUGAAAGCUGGAGCCUUCCAGUAAAGCCAAUUCCCAAACCACCCAGAGCCCCCAAUGCCACCACCCAAGAAAGAGACCACCCUGCUGAGGUCAGAGCCCUGGAUGCUUUCCUGCAGAAGACAGGUCUUUAUGGAGGCUGGGAGGAAUACGACCACCGAGACUUCUUGAGAUUCUGGACAAAGUACAGUGGGAAGACAUCCUACAGGGCAGAGGUCUUAUCCUGUAUACCAUAUAAAACGCCAAAGGACAUUUUGCAACAUGAAAACUGGUAUCAGGAGCUGCUCUGCCUUCAGGAAAAAAAGAAAGAGGCUAUUCAGCGCUGGAAAGCCCUCAAACAUCAGGAACGUCAGACCAGAAUUCAGAUUGAGAAGAAAAAAGAAGAAAAAAUGCAAGAGAGGAAGGACGAGAUCGACUCAGACGAGGAAAAGGAAAAACUGCAGAAGGUGAAGGAACUGCAGGAAUGGAGGAAAGAGAAGGAGGAAAAAGAAAAAAAGGAAAGAAAGCGGAAACAGCAAGCGCUAAGAGAGAAAACCGAAAAAGAGAAGCAACAUUUCCUCCUUGUGAAACUGAGGCUGCUUGAAAAAGAGGAACUCCAACUGAGGAGGGAAAUACAGGAGGAAGAAGAGAAACAAAUGAGAGAAGCCAAAGAAAGGGAAAUUAAGAAGAAGAGGGGAAGAGAAGCAGAAAAAGCCAUCAAAUGCUUGGCUGAAAAGGAUCUUCAAAAGAUCAAGAAAGCAAUCGAUGAAAAACAGCUGAGGGAAAAAGAGGAAGAGGAAAGGCAGCGGAGAGCUGCUGCUAAUUUGAAGAAGAAGAUGGAAGGGCACGUCACCAGAGACCCCUCCAGGUUAGUUUGUCCCACGAAGGGAUGGAAGGAGCGAAUGAAGCACAUUGGAACUUCAGGAGGAGGACGUGUGCUGCAAAUGUGUCACAGAGCCAUUCCCACUUGGAGGCAGGGUCUGUGAUCAACACCGAAAGGCCGACUUCCGAGUCUACCCUCAACACCAAACUGUGCCUUUUUGCUUGAGGUUCUAUACAACAAUCACAUUAACUUGUAUUUUACAGUUAAUCAUCUGUUUUGAAUAAAAGCAUGUCAUAACAUUUGCCGUUUGUUGAUCUAAUGUUCAAACACACUUAUUGCGGAAUACCAAGUAGUUUAGUUAACAUGUUUUGCCACUUCUGUGGCCAUUCCUCACUCACAAGCCUUGCUUUUACUUAUUGACACCUCAUCUCUAAAACUAACUGUAAACAUCAAGCGUCUAUUGUUGGCUGGUUUUACAGCCGCUAAAAGAAUGAUAGCCUGUCGCUGGAAACCACCACAUGCACUAUCGGUGAGGGAAUGGCUUUUUGCUUACCGGGAUAUUGCACAGCUUGAGCUUUCUACAGCUCGCCUACAUCAUGCCAAAUCAUCCAAUAUCAAUUGCUGGUCAA